AUGGAGCACCUUGUCCUGCGUGGAAACUCCUCAUCGUCUCACAGCUCAGUCAGCACGGAGCUCCUGUCUCGGGCCGGCUACACAACACUGGCCGUUAUCAUGGGUGCGUUCACUGUGGUGGGGGUCAUCCUCAACGUCCUGGUGAUCGUGGUGACCAUGAGACACAGGCAGCUCAGACAGCCGCUUAGCUAUGCUCUGGUUAAUCUGGCCAUAUGUGACCUGGGCUGUGCUGUAUUUGGAGGUCUGCCCACCACAGUAACCAAUGCCAUGGGAUACUUCAGCCUAGGACGCGUGGGCUGCACGUUAGAGGGCUUUGCUGUAGCCUUUUUCGGUAUAGCAAGUCUGUGCACAACAGCAGUAAUUUCUGUGGAACGCUACAUGGUGGUGUGCUGUCCCAUGGGUGCUGUCCUGUUUCAGACCAGACAUGCAGUGGCUGGAGUGGCGCUGUCCUGGGUGUGGUCGUUUGUGUGGAACACUCCGCCUCUGUUCGGUUGGGGAAGUUACGAGCUGGAGGGCGUCAACACCUCCUGCGCCCCGAACUGGCACGGCCGGGAUGCCGGGAACAUGUCCUACAUCAUCAUAUACCUUUUCUUUUGCUUUGCUGUGCCCCUCUCUAUCAUCACUGUGUCUUACUCGCAGCUCUUGUGGACCCUCCGCCAGGUGACCAAGCUGCAAGUAUCUGAGGCUGGCAGCACGAAUCGUGUGGAGGUGCAGGUGGCGCGUAUGGUUGUGGUGAUGGUGCUGGCUUUCCUGGUGACCUGGAUGCCAUAUGCUGCCAUGGCCCUCGCUGUCAUCAUGGACUCCAGUCUAUAUAUUGACCCUAUCAUUGCCACCAUACCUGUUUACUUGGCUAAGAGCAGCACUGUCUACAACCCCAUCAUAUAUAUUUUCAUGAACAGACAGUUUCGAGGAUACGCUGUCCCCGCCGUCCUGUGUGGAUGGAACCCGUGGGCCUCAGAUCCACAAGUGUCUGAGGGUGAGACCACGGUUGCUUCUCUCAUCAAGAGCCAAAAAAUCUCACCUAAAGAAUCUUUGAAAGAAUGA